AUGUUAAACAAACAUUGCUUUGAAGCUUUAGACAGAUCUCUAAAUGACAUUAUGAAGACUCAGUCUACCCAUGGUUAUGACAUUCCAUUCGGAGGUAAAGUUGUGGUACUGGGAGACGACUUUAGACAAAUACUUCCAGUUAUUUCCAAAGGAAGCCGUUCUGAAAUUGUCGGUUCAGCUAUCAAUUCUUCAUAUCUGUGGAAGCAUUGCAAGGUAAUGAAGUUGACUGUUAAUAUGAGAUUGCAAAAUGCUAUAUCAACUUCUUCAGCAGCAGAAAAAAAAGAGUUUGCAGAUUGGUUGCUUCAAGUGGGAGAUGGUACAGUUAAAACGAUUGAUGAGGAAGAAACACUUAUUGAGAUUCCUCCAGAUCUUCUUAUUGAACAGUGUAAGGAACCGUUGCUUGAAUUAGUUAAUUUUGCAUAUCCGAAACUUGCACAUAAUUUGCAAAAAAGUUCAUUCUUUCAAGAAAGAGCGAUCCUUGCACCAACACUUGAAAGUUUAGAGGAAAUCAACAACUUUAUGUUAGCAAUGAUUCCUGGUGAUGAAACAGAAUAUUUGAGCUGUGAUACUCCAUGCAAGUCAGACGAAGAUUCAGAGGAACUUUUGCAAGAUGAAGGGGAGCACUGGAAUGCUACAGUGAAAGAGAAGUUUGAUGCUGAAUUGAAGAAAUACAAGGGUGAAUUGAAGAAAUAUGAGGCUAAAUUGAAGAAGGUAGAGGCUGAAAGAAACAGAGAUAAGGUAGAGGCUAAAUACAGAGUGGUUUCUAACGUUAAUUAG